AUGUCACGAUUUGCAGACGUAGAAGAAACGACUCCUUUGCUGAAGGAUGAUGCAAGCAGUGACGACUAUCAGAAUGACGAUUACAGGAGUCGUUGGCGGUCCAUCCAAGUUAUGUACUUCACGAUGUUCCUCAGCAGUGUCGGUUUUACUAUUGUCAUUACAUCACUGUGGCCGUAUUUACAAAAGGUUGAUAAUACAGCCAAUGCCAGCUUCCUGGGUUGGGUGGUGGCGGCCUACAGCCUUGGUCAGAUGGUGGCCUCCCCUAUUUUCGGCCUCUGGUCUAAUCACAGGCCUUGCAGGGAGCCGCUGGUUUGCUCCAUCUUCAUCAACCUGUCAGCCAAUAUCUACUACGCUUACGUCUACCUGCCCAGAACUGAGAACAAGUUCCACAUGCUGAUAUCCAGAGCCUUCGUGGGCUUUGGUGCAGGUAACGUUGCAGCGGUGAGGUCCUACGUUGCCGGAGCCACUUCGCUGAAAGAAAGGACCAGUGCUAUGGCGAACAUGAGCGCUUGUCAGGCUCUUGGUUUCAUCCUGGGACCAGCUAUGCAGGCCUGUCUGUCAUUCAUUGGUGAGCACGGGGUCACAGUGAAGAUAAUCAACCUGCAGCUCAACAUGUACACCACACCGGCUUUACUGGCAGCGGCAUUUGGAGUUAUCAACAUCCUGUUGGUUCUGCUGGUGCUCAAGGAACACAGUGUGGAUGAUCAUGGGAGACAAAUUCAGUCCAUCAACUACACAUCCGAAGAUAGAGUUGAUAUCAUCCAAGAAAGUGAGGAAACUAUCGACAAGGUAGCAGUCGGGACUUCUAACAUCCUCUUCUUCGUCGUCAUGUUCGUCUUUGCCGUCUUUGAAACAAUCGCUACCCCACUGACAAUGGACAUCUUUGCUUGGACAAGAAAAGAAGCCAUAUUAUACAACGGCAUCUUCAUCUGCUGUAUCGGAUUUGAAUCCAUCCUGGUGUUUCUGGCUGUGAAAGUGGCAUCUCAAAGGGUUGGGGAUCGUCCUGUGUUGUUGGCUGGGUUGGUCAUCAUAUUCUGCGGCUUCUUUACCCUGCUUCCAUGGGGAAACCACUACCCCAGAAUCCAGUGGGCAGAUGUGAAAAACAACUCUUUGGUCAACCAGAUGUCGUUCACGGUAACAUCCAACAGUUCUUUGGAGCCGACAGGCUGCCCGUAUCAACAGACCUGGUGCCAGUACACCCCCGCUAUCUAUUUGGCCCAGUACAUCUCCUCUGGAAUCCUCAUUGGGGUGGGAUACCCGGCCUGUAAUGUGAUGUCAUACACAUUGUAUUCUAAAAUCCUUGGACCCAAGCCUCAGGGUGUGUACAUGGGGUGGCUAACAGCUUCAGGUAGCGGAGCGCGGACUUUGGGCCCAGUAUUUGUCUCUCAUGUUUACACCAUUUUAGGGCCACGUUGGGCUUUCAGUCAAAUCUGCGGUAUGGUAUUGGUCACCAUUAUCCUCUUUGGUUCCAUCUACCAUCGACUCCUCGCUUUCUCUGUGCGCUGUAGGAGGACAGUGGAAUGAAUAUAAUACUGUUUGUUUAAAUGUUUUAACUAAGAAAAACCAUGGAUCUUUUCUGGCUCAGAGUAAAGUGAUAAAAACUCAUUAUUUUUCAAGAUUUGACCCGGGACGACUGCUCCUGCACUUGAACUCAUUUGAUGUGAAACUUUAAUAAUCUAAUCCACAGAUCAACCAGAUUGUGGUAUUAAAUUGUUUCUGGGUAUUUCUUUAAAGAUGAUACAUUGCACAGUGUGUCCUGGCACUGGUACUUCAGUUCAGUUCAUUUGUUUUUAAAUUAAAUUGACAAUGCAGUAAUACACGUUAAAUAACAGUUAACUAUUUUAUUAAUGCUGUUGCUGAAUGCAAUAUUAAGCAAUAACUAACUGGAAAUUAAGACGUGUUUAGUAAUUAUUCUGUUCAGUAUGUCUAAAUUAGUUAACAAAAGUAUGGAUAAGUGAUUACUAAACAGUCUCUUAUAUUGACCAACAUUUGAAAUGGUAUGUUUGCAGCAUAACAGAUUUUCCGUUUUCAAAUGCAUGGGUUAUAAUUCACGAAAUGUCUCGCUAGAGAUGGUGUCUGUAUAAUUACUUUUAGGGAGAAUAGCAGUAAUAUUUAUUGCAGUCUUUCCUUCAUUUACUUUUUGUUUUUCCCUAACAUUCUUAAAGUUAUACAUAAUUUUGUGCCUGCAUGCACACUAAAUUUUUGCUGAGUGAUGUAGCUUAAGGGUAUGAUCAGAAUUUGAGAGUUUGAGUAUUGUAUUAUGACCUUAUUUUGAAUGAAUAAAUCACAUUUUUGUGGA